AGCUUUUCUCUUUUUUGGAAUUCGUGAAUUUUCACAUCAUCUUUUCCGUCUCUCAAGUUCUGCCGACUGAAGAGCGGCGGACGCUUAAGCACCGAGCACGGUGGCGAGCAAUCCGCAGCCGCCGCACCAUUCAGCCGCGAUUUAGCUGUUAGCCGCCCCAAGAUUUCGCUAUUCUGCCGGCAGCUGCUCCAGUGCCCACAAUUCAGCCUGCAGCCGCCGCCCCAGUCAACACUAUUUGGCCACUAUCAAGGUUAGAAAACAAUUGGGAUGACUACAGAAGGCACGUCAAAGAAAACAUCACGAGCUCAAUUGGUAAAGUUGGACAGAGGAUUCAAAUUGGCCGAACAAUGGGUUAAUAACAUGGGUAAAUCAUUGGACGAUGAUAAAUCAAAUGCGGCUAUUCUAGAGGCACGGCCUCCUAGGCUUGGAAUUGGUGCUACAGUUCCCCGGGGGCCCACAUAUGUUCGCUCAAACGAUCCCAUAGAAAGAAAGUUGCGUGGUACACUGAAUGCUAAAGAAAAGAAAGUUGACAGAAAGGCCCCUGCAGAUCAAAAGGUUGAAGAAAAGGGCGACACGGACGAUGAGGAAUCUGAAAGCAAAACUCAAGCAUUUGCCAAGAAAAGACUGUCACUUCCAACCUUCGGUGAUCGUAAGAAGAAACAGAAGUAAAAGAUGAUGAGCAUACACAGGUAUCGUGUCUCGGAACGAUAUUGUUUUUGUUGAUAGUCAAUGUAUUCCUACAACAGAAACUGCCUCACAACCAGAAAAUUGUCUUUGUUUCUAAGAUUUUAUGCUGAUAUUAAUUUUAUUUUCAGAGGACCAAGUUAAACCAGUCUAUAAUGAAUUACUUUUUUUGUGUGUGUAGAUUCUCCUUUUUUGGUAUUAUUAAUUUUGAACUUACAUGCUUUCGGAGUUUUGUAAGUGAACUUUUUACCUAAUGAAACUAGGUGUGCAUU